GACUACGGAAUUUAUAAGCAUGAAGAUAUUGUUGCUGUCUAUAUUUUUCAGCUCCUUUGUACAGACAUUGUGGGGAUGCUAUGUGGCUCAAGGAGAUUGUCCAAAUAAGAACGUAACCUUUUGGCUUUAUUCCAUAAAGACACGGAAUAAUCCAAAAAUGCUUGAUCCUCUCGAUCUCAACCCCCAAGACUUUUUGCCGAAGUAUCCAGUGAUAAUACUUAUUCACGGUUAUACUGGACACCGUGACUAUGCUCCUAAUUCUAAUAUACGACCUGCUUUGCUCGAUAAUGGGAACGUCUACGUAAUAUCCGUUGACUACGGUGCACUGGUUCCGGAACCCUGCUUUCCUCAAUCCAUACUGAAUGCGCCGUUAGUCAGCAAAUGCUUGGCCCAGCUGAUAAACAAUCUGGUUGGAUACCGAAUUGUAGAGAACGAUCUCUUGCACAUUAUUGGCUUUAGUCUGGGGAGUCAGGUGGCUGGCCAAACGGCCAAUUAUGUUAAGCAAAAACUGCACCAUAUAACAGGCUUAGAUCCAGCAAAGCCCCUCUUUGUUGUGGUUGAUAAUUGGGAACGCUUAGAUGCCGAGGAUGCGGAUUUUGUGGAUGUUAUACAUACGAAUCCCCCGGAGCGAGGCGUUUUGAAACCCAUAGGCCAUGUGGACUUCUAUCCCAAUUUUCGAGUAGCAGAACAGCCUGGCUGUGAGAAAGAAAAGGACCCCGGCAGCUGUAGUCACAAUCGUGCACCGGAAUUCUAUGCCGAGUCUAUAAAUUCAAAUUUAGGUUUCUGGGGAAUACGAUGCGAUAAUUGGUUGCCCCAUGUCUUCGGUCGGUGUACCGCUAGGCAAUCUCAAGCCCUCAUGGGUUAUCAUGUUUCACCUAUUAUGAGUGGUACCUACUUCCUAGAAACGGCCUCCAAGCCCCCAUACGCCUUGGGCCAUAACGGCGCAGUUAUCACUCCAAGUACCACCCACCUUUUCUACAGGACGUCGGCCGAGCACAUUGAUCAAUUAGAAGCAAAACUGGAAAGGAAAUUUUUGACGAAACAGGUCAAAAAUAUGCAGAAAAGUAAAAGAAGCUAAAAAAAGAUUUUACUU